UUUGUGGGGCGGUUUUUGGGGAACCGUGGGGUCCUUUGGGGCGCUCUGGGCUGUUUCGGGGGCUGUUUUUGGGGGCCGUUUUGGGGGCUCUUUUGGGGGCGGUUUUGGGGGCCGUUUGGGGCGGUUUUGGGGUCCGUCACUUUUGGGGUCCCUUUGCAGUCGUGGGCGGAGUUUGUGCGCAUUGUGGACCCCGACGUCAUCACGGGGUACAACAUCCAGAACUUCGACCUGCCCUACCUCAUGCAGCGCGCCGACGUGCUCAGGGUCUCGUCCUUCCCGUUCCUGGGCCGCAUUCGGGGCCGCCGCUCGCAGCUGCGCGACGCCUCCUUCCAGUCGCGCCAGUUGGGCCGCAGGGACACCAAAGUGGUGACGGGAGGCAGAGUCACCAUCGACCUCCUGCAGGUGCUGCUGCGGGAGCACAAACUGCGCUCCUAUACCCUCAAUGCGGUCAGCGCGCAUUUCCUGCACGAGCAGAAGGAGGACGUACCCCAUAGCAUCAUCACCGACCUACAGCACGGCUCGGAUCAGACGCGGCGCCGCCUGGCGCUGUACUGCCUGAAGGACGCAGUGCUGCCGCUGCGGCUGUUGGAGCGGCUGAUGGUGUUGGUGAACCACGUGGAGAUGGCGCGCGUCACCGGCGUCCCUCUGCGCUACCUGCUGGCGCGGGGGACACAGGUGAAGGUGGUGGCACAGCUGCUCAGACAGGCCAUGCAGGAGGAUCUGCUGCUGCCGGUGGUGAAGGCUGAGGGCGGCGAUGACUUUGAGGGCGCCACCGUCAUUGAGCCCAAGAAGGGUUACUACGAGUCCCCCAUCGCCACGUUGGACUUCAGCUCUCUGUACCCCUCCAUUAUGAUGGCCCACAAUCUGUGCUACACCACUCUGCUGCCGCCCGGCGCCGCGCAGCGCUACGGGCUGAGCCCCACGGAUUACAUCCGCACCCCCACGGGGGAUCUCUUUGUGACGGCGGCGGUGCGCCGUGGGCUGCUGCCCCGCAUCCUCGAGGGACUGCUGGCGGCGCGGCGCAGGGCGAAGGAGGAGCUGUCGCGGGAGACGGACCCGUUCCGGCGUCAUGUCCUGGACGGCCGGCAGAUGGCGCUCAAAGUCAGCGCCAACUCCGUGUACGGCUUCACCGGGGCGCAGGCGGGGCGGCUGCCGUGCCUCGAGAUCUCGCAGAGCGUGACGGGGUUCGGCCGGCAGAUGAUUGAGCGCACGCAGCAAUUGGUGGAGUCGCACUUCUGUGUGGCAAAUGGGUACCCCGCGGACGCCAAGGUGGUGUACGGUGACACGGACUCGGUGAUGUGUCACCUGGGUGUCCCCACGGUGGCGGAGGCGAUGGCUCUGGGCCGGGAGGCGGCCGUGUGGGUGUCGUCCCACUUCCCCCCCCCCAUCAAACUGGAGUUCGAGAAGGUGUAUUGGCCGUAUCUGCUGAUCAGUAAGAAGCGCUACGCCGGGCUGUGCUUCGCGUCGCGGCCGGACGUGCACGACAGGCUGGACUGCAAAGGCAUGGAGGCCGUGCGGCGCGACAACUGCCCCCUCGUGGCCAACCUCGUCAGCGCGUGUCUGCAGCGCAUCCUGCUGCACAGGGACCCGCAGGGCGCGGUGGCGCACGCGCAGGACGUGAUCUCGGAUCUGCUGUGUAACCGCGUGGACGUAUCGCAGCUCGUCAUCACCAAGGAGCUCACCAGGGCCGCCAGCCAAUACGCCGCGCCGCAGGCACACGUCCGGCUGGCAGAGAGGUGGGGGGGGGGGGC